AUGGCUCCAAGCUUACAAGACUUGAUUGAUCAUCUUCUCGCGGAGAUUGCGCUCUGUGGCGACCAAGGCGCAUCUCCUGCGGAUAUCUUGACUUUCAUCGACACAUUCUACUCCAGCGCAACCCAUGAGACAUCUGCACGGAGUCAUACUGUCGAUCGCCGAUUCCAGGAAAAAGUCUGGUCUUGGUUGACAAGACACCCAGAAGUUUCAGUCGGGAGAGACCGAGAGAGUAAUCAUCUGCACCUGAAUGAUGCUGAGCGACUCGCUCGUGAGGCGGACCCUGAACAUGCGGUCCGGGUUUUCGUCUCUAGGGAAAGGAGAUGGCUAGCGGUGGCUGGUCAUGAGCCGGAUGAGACCAAAGUGCUUCCCUUGGAAUUCGCACUUCUCUCCAUCAUUGCGUCCCAUAAAUCCAAUGGAGUCUUCCAAACAGAUCUAGUCAAACUCAGCGGCCAGGAUAAGCGUUCUGUCCCCAAGCGAACCGACGUGCUACAAGACAAGGGGUACAUUGAGAAAAGGGCGAUACAGAUCAAGUCUGUACGGACCAGUCUCUGCGUGCUGCGAAGGUUCUCCAAGUCCGACCUCUCUGGUGCUGCCACAGCGGGCGACCAGGAAGAGCGCCUUAUUGACUUUAGGGACUUCAACGACAGGCUCUUUGCCAUCCUCCGGGAGUACAAGAUCAUCGCCCGUACCGAUCUCAAGAGUGCUCUUGGGUUCGCCGAUCCCUGGCGAUGGAGAGUUCUGUCCCGAGCUUUGCGCAAAUUCGAGCGUAUCGGUGUGCUCAAGCGCGUUAGGGCGACGUCACAGUAUGCGCAUGAUAUGAAAAAGCUGCAUCCCUGUGUGAUGCUAGUUCGGGAGCCAACGGAGAGGGACUAUGAGCUAUUUCAUGAGUAUAGUCAAAAUAUCUACACCGACCUCGAGCAGGAAGAUGGGCUAGAGUUGGAAGACGGUGCGGGUCCAGUUGAUGCCAGUGAAGAUUUCGCUCCUGCCGGGGCCGACAAAGCUGUUGGUAUGGUCAAGCAAGAGGGGGCCGUGGAGGAGGCUGGUCGAACGAUUCCUGCUUGGUCUCCGGAUCGUAAUAUACACAAUCAGAUAUUCGACCUUGUCGACCAAGCCGGAACCUCUGGGAUUACCAACCUUGAUAUCCUGCGAGCCGGUUUCGGGAGCUUUUUCCGCAGACCACUGGAAAACACAUUGGCCCGGCUAGUGGAAUGCUGGCAGUUGUCCCAGCCCCUACACCUGCGCCAUCUAGCCAUUGUGCGGGACACGGCACUUGAAAAGACUAUCACACAUUAUAUCCAUUACUCAACGGCCAACUUCCAAAACCUCGUUGAUGCCGGAGAGGCAUCGUGGGAAGCUGUCGAAUUUGUCCCCAGAAACACCAAGGCAGAGAAAAUUUCUGUACCGCCCAUCGAUGCUGUUCCCGAUCUGGACGAGAAUGGAUUACCCAAAGCUGUCCCUACGAAGGAACUUAUCAAGAAUGGUAAUGCAUCGCUUCUGGCUGGCAUCUUGGCUGUCAAUCCAGCAGAUUACAAUUGCACCGGAAAUGAUCCUAUGCCGUUACGGCUGAAGGAUGAUAGCUAUGUCAUACGUUUCGGCUUGCCAGGUAUGAAUCGAGUCGGACGUCCGAAGGGAACCCCCAACAAACCAAAGCUCAAGAAGGAACAACUGUCUGAAUUGGAAGGGGAUGUCAUUCCUGAACAAGACCACCUGGCUAUCAAGCGGUUGAAGAAAGCGCAACGCGACGAAGAGAGAUUCCGAGGGAUGUCUGAAAAAGAGAAACUCGAGGCGCUGGGGCUGGAUGAGACGUGGACUGAAUACAGUGUCUUGCUCCUUGAGCGCACAGAACCCGGUGUGUACAUCACGCCUCGCGGACGACGCAGGCCAGCGGGGAAACGACAAGGUCGUCCGAGAAUCUCCCGCCUUGCAGUUUUCAGGUCGCCAAAGUUAGCAUCACUGCCGUGGUUUACUGAGAGCCCGGAAGGCGAACCAGAAGAUGAAGCUGCUAGCACUAGUCAACAAGUUUCUCAGGCUCAGAGUGUUGAGACAACUCCUGUUCCCUCAUUUACUGCGAUCAACACCUCUGCAACGACUUCUGCAGCGCCAGACACUCCUUCGAGAGGUACGAAAAGAACGCUUCGGAGUCGGAUUCGCCUUGACGCAGAAGCUGAGCCGGAUCAUCAAAGACCGUCUAAACAGCAGCGUCUUGAAGGCACCGAGGUUUCUCGGCAAGUCGCUGAGGCUGAAGUCUUAAGGUCUGAGAAAACAUUGUCAGACGGACAGCAGACUGGUGAGCCCUCUAUCGGCACCGUCAAGAACGCACCUUCCGGGGCCAGCAAACGGAGAAGGGAACCGUCUCCAAUUGCUACCGGGGAAGAUGUCGCAGUCCGCAAGAGCAUGGAAGGACUAGCCUCUCAGAAGGCACAAGCUCCGUCACCAGCAGGGAAAAAGCAAGUCGGCCUGUCGCAGCCUCGUCAAAACUUAGAGACACCGUACAAAAAGCGUCGAUAUGAACCUCAAGCUGAGCGAGGUGAAGAGACUGCCUCAACCCUUUCUCCGACAGCCACGAUUGAAAACGUCGCUGAGCAUGUUGCUCCAUCAGAGCCCACCAAAGUCGAGAAUGGAGAACACCGCCGGGUUGAAGCAGAAGCAAUUGGCAGGCCAUUGGAGGACGCAGCACACGUGGACAUGGUGGUGGAUGAGGCCACCCCGGCUGCAACUGCCGAGCCAGGCGCCGCUAUUCGUAACAUCCAAGAAGCCAACGUUAUCGACCUGAAACCCACUGACGGGACACCGGAUGUCCAGCAGCGCGACGCAUCGCAGACGCCAGAGGGGCAUCGACCGCGCACAAAGAGGCAAGACAAGCUAGGCUCUGUUGCGGUCUUACGCAGGAGCAUUAUCAUGGAUAUUAUUGAGAGAGCCGGAGGCGCAUACUCCAUGGGUACCGAAAUAUGGUACCCAUUUGCAACUGCAUGGAAGAAGACAAAGUACAAGGAAAAGCCAGACAUGCGAACAGUCAAGACAUCUAUUAAACACCUGAUUGACGCAGGCAAACUUCGGCAGUUCACAUUCAGUGGGAGGGACAGCAAAGGGGUAAUGGUAACAAAGAGCAUUGUCGCCAAGCCUGAACUGCAGCCUGAUCAUCCAGUAAUCAAAGACUUGCAGCACAAGAUGCUCACCACGACCGCUCGAUACUACUUCCCACCCGGCGUUGCUGUGGAUCCUGAACUGACCAAGUCAAGUGCGAAAAGUGCGAAGAGUACGCCGAGCGGCGAACCUAAGAUGGCGAAACUCCCCAUUGAGCGCGGGAUUACCGUGCAUUUACAUCAAAAGCCAGCCUUUGUCCUGGCUCUGGAGAAGAGAAAGGGACAGAGCAUUCAACGCCGGCUGCUGCAGCGCCUCCAGUCUGACACGGAGGUUCUACGUCCCUCUGGAGUUGUUCGACUCGCCAGACUUCAACGCGGGCCCGCACGGGACUCUCUGGAGCGCGACCUGGGGCCCAUCUCCAAGACUCGAGGAAAGGCUCAGCAACGGAAACGCAUCCUGAAGCAUCACACCCCAGCUGACGGCCUCGCUGGAGAAGAGGAGGCUGCCAGAGCUCCCCGCAGGUUGAAACGUCUCUGGAUGCCUAUUUCACUCAUGGCACCUUACGCUAUGUUCAUGAAUCCAGUGCAGACGUUUCAUUCCAGUACGGGCACCUUCUCGACAGAGGCUGGGCUUGUAGCGGUCCGAGCUGGGGCCGUUGCCCGUGCAAGAGCCGCCUUCCGAUUUCCGAAAUCUCUGGACGACAUCUUGGACCAGGUAAAGCGAACCCCAGUAGACUUCUCCAGAGCUGUGGAUCCACGCACAAGCAAGUUCUUCUGUGAAACCGGUGUGAUUUUGAGGUGGGAGCUCCAGAAUGAAGAAUUCAUACUUGAAAAAGCUGCCGAAGGCCAGGAGUUUUCUUUUAUCCAUCAAACGCUUGAUGACUUCCCAGAGGCAGUCCCGAUAGAAGGGGAUAUUCAGUUUGAAAUUGAUCAGAGCGCCUAUCCUAGGGUGCGGGUUCCGAGAGCCAGGAAGAUUAGAGAAGCAGCUCGCCGUUUGGAAUUACUUGAACCUGAAAAAUCUCCACCCGAAGAGGCAGAAGAGGCAGUGGAAUCCGAAGAGCCUUCAGAAUCGGAAGUUUCCUCUGACGCUGAAGAUUCGGAUGACUCGCUGGAUGCACUGGAUCUGCUGUUUUCCGCCGACUCUCGUAGACGGCGCAACGACUAUGUCCCGCAAAACCGUCGGUUGGAGAAACUAGCCGCCGAAGGUCCUCGACAUGUCGUCGUGCCAAAACCGCCAAACCGACCGGCUGCGCGUCGGAAUCGAGCUCUUCAACAUCUGCCACGUCUGAUAGCAGAGAGGAUUCUGACUGCGAUUGUGGUCGUUAGGGCACUAGCGGGCGGCUAUGAAGGCAGGAUCGUUGACUGGCAGCUGGUUUGCCAGAGUUUCCCCAACCAGGAUCCGAAAAUGAUCCAAGAGCGGGGGAAGAACAUUCUCAGCAGAAACCGACUGCAGGUAGCGAAGAUGCAGAGUGACUUCCAGGAGCGGUUUAUUGUAGCAUACGCGAACGGCCAGGUGCCGCCGAUCAAUUACGAAGACUUGGAAGGAUAUGAUUGGGAGAGGGUCGUCGACUGGGCACAGACAGAGCUGGACAUUCCCAAGUCCGAGAAGCUGCCGGAUCUUCCUGCCACCAAGGACCAGUUCGACAGCGUGUUUGAGCUGCGCGAGGAGGCGCCGGUCACGCUGGAUGAACUCUAUCAGAAUACUCAUGGGGUGACUGUGAACCGCAGACGUGCUCUCUACGCAGGCGUUCCUUUCGCCGUCCCUGUGCCUGAGAAGCCGACCCAACCUACAGCACGACAAGCCGAGCUUGGGCGGUUGGAAGUGGCCAAGACGUGGGUUCGAGCCAACAUCGUCGCACCGGAGGAGUCAUACCGGCCCGCGGAGGCCCGGCAAGCCCUGGCCAAUUUCGGAGGCAGACUUGUCGACGAUGCGCUGCAGUCCCUGACGACGGAGCGGGUCGUAUCGCAGGGCAACAGGGGGCGCAUUACCCCGGGCCGCAACUACGACAUCACCGAGUUCUUCCUGCACAUGUUGGGCCGCAGGCGGAACAUCGAGGUCACGCAGCUCCGGCGAGCCGCGCGGUUCAAAACCGGGACCCUGGAUCCGGCGCUGCAAAGCACCGGCUCGUUCACCAUCAACUACCACGCGGAAGACGGCGACAUCCUCGCCCUGAUCAACCUCGCCGCCGAGCGCAGAAUCAUCCUGAAACCGAAGGAUCCCCCACGGGACAAAUUCGGGCUCACAGACGGCGGCUACCUAACCAGACAAAUCGACAAGGAUAAGCUGCGCUUUGUGGUCCAGGUGCAGCCAGUCGAGGCGUCGUAUACAUACGGCAACCCGAUCGGGGAGAAAGUCGCCAACACGCCGCCGCCGUGUCCGCCCCGCGCCGCCAUCAGCGAAGGCGAAUUCGUUCCUGAGAAGAUCCCCCUGUGGUUUGAUAUCCAUGGCAACUUUGUCAGGGUGCUCUGGGAGUUUGCCGUGGCGGCCGUCGUGGGGAUCGUCGCGGUGCGUCCCGGGAUCAGUGCCAAGGGGGUUGCGAGCAUGGUGCAACCAUCAAUGGGAGCGUGGGAGGUACUCCUCUUGUUGAAAUGGAUGGCGGAUGUGGGUGUUUUACGCAGGGAGAACGAGGACGCAGAACCCGUUGAGGAGACCACCGGAUGGCAAGUUCAAGAAUGGUGGUGGAUGGUGUUGGCAUGA